CCCCUUUACGCUUCCUGUGUGGGGUUCAGAAACCUGCCUCCCCUCCCAGCCUCAGCUUCUUACUUCAGAAAAUGAAGUAAUAAGCUGACUCGUCUCCGCCAUCUUAGUAGAGUAAGCGUCCAGCCAGAGAAGGAUGCAGUCGGCCGCUCUCUGGAGAGUUCUGGGACUCUGCCUCUUGUCAGUUGGCGCUUGGGGACAAGAAGAGGGUGAAGAAUAUGCAUAUAAAGUCUCCAUCUCAGGAAUCAGAGUAGAGCUGACAUGUCCUCAAGACUAUGAACCUGACACACAAUGGGAAAAAAAUAGUAUAGAAGUACCCGGUCAUCAUAAGGAGCAGCUAUUACUAGAGAAUUUUUCAGAAAUGGAGGACAGUGGUUAUUAUGCCUGCUACAUGAAAAACAUGCCGAAGAAACAUCAUCUCUACCUGAGAGCAAGAGUGUGUGAGAACUGCAUUGAGGUCGAUCCAAUGGCAGUGGCCACAAUUAUCAUAGUUGACAUCUGCAUCACUCUGGGCUUGCUGAUGCUGGUUUAUUACCGGAGCAAGAAUAAAAAGGCCAGCGCCAAGCCUGUGACUCGAGGAGCAGGUGCUGGUAACAGGCCCAGAGGACAAAACAAGGAGAGGCCACCACCUGUUCCAAACCCAGACUAUGAGCCCAUCCGUAAAGGCCAGAGGGACCUGUAUGCUGGCCUGAAUCAGAGAGGCAUCUGACAACUCUGCAAGACACUGCCUCCCACUGGCCCAGGUCUGGCUCCUCUCUGGGCACCCUGCUUCUCCCUGUUCCCUGGACACAUCGAGGACCCCACAAGAAAACUGUUUCUCACCUCAUGGUGAACUCACACCCUACAGCCAUGUCCCCAGCUCCCUCACUCCUGCUUUCUCUGCUGGUGCCCAGUCCUAGAAUAUUGCUGCUUCAUUGUCCUUUCAAACAUCAAGGCUAGUUGCGCCCUCACACCUGGCAAGCCCUCCUGGAGGGAUAUUUAUUUCUAUCAUUCACUCCCCAUCAACUCCUCCCUUUUCCUAAGGAUAUUACUUCUCCCUUCAGUUCCCUCCUUUUCCUGCGUAUAAGUUGUCCUCCUCCCUAACUAUUCCAUCUACCCUUCUAUUUUUCCAGCUCUGUUUUUUGCAACCUUCUCUGGGGAUGGAUCGGGUAAAUGUUCACAGAGGUUCUGCCCCAUUCACAGGUCCUGGCCCACAGCCAGCCCUGUGCUCUGUCCCCUGUCUCCACUGUAGGCCACCUGAUGGUUAUUUGCAUCUUCCUGAAUGGGCUAGGCUCCUCUCAGCUGAGAGAGAAAAAAAUAAAUAAAAUGUACUUGGCUGAAA